AAAAAAAUAUGGCUUCUCGAGGUGUUUACAUGUGUGGUGUGGGAUUGCGAAAACUUGCCCUGCCUUCGUUAACGGGUGUUUGUUGGGGUAACAGUAAGUUUGCGAAUGUCCGUCAGUUCGGUGUCAAGUCGAGAACAUGGAGUUGGCGAAGCGCCAGGGGCACCCUGAAGAUAGGGUUGCUGAGCGCCGGCCUGGGAGCCCUAGCCGGGGGAGGCUACAUGUACUAUGUGGCCAAACAGUCGAGACAGCAGAUCAUCAACACAGAUCUGACGGCCAGCCCCGUGUUGGAGUCGUUUCCUGAAGUCAGGAUAUCCAGGCAGGUGGCAGGCGUGGCGGAGAGCCCGGGCCUGCGGCUCACACUGUUCCAGUACCCCACCUGCCCGUUCUGCUGCAAGGUGCGGGCGUUCCUGGACUACUUCGGCCUGCCCUACGACGUGGUGGAGGUGGACCCCGUGCUGCGUCGCGAGAUCGGCUGGUCGCGCUACAAGAAGGUGCCCAUCCUGGUGGCACAGCUCGGCUCCGGGUACCAGCAGCUGAACGACAGCUCGAUGAUCAUAUCGGCGCUGGCCUCGCUGCUGGGGGACCCGCGGCAGACCCUGGAGGACGUCGUCAAGUGCUACCCCAGGAUGGAGUUCAAGGACGAGGACGGCACGCACCGGUCGGAGAUCAUGAACCGCUACUUCCUCAUGUUCCAGGACGCCCCGACCGGCCGCUCCGCCGAGAGCUUGCUUGGCCGUGUCCUGUCCCGCAGCCGGGAGCGGAAGUGGAGGAAGUGGGCGGACGACCGGCUGGUCCACGUGCUGUCCCCCAACGUGUACCAGACGCCGGCGGAAGCGCUCCAGGCCUUCAACUGGUUCUCCGAGGUGGGUGACUGGGACAAGAACUUCCCGUCGUGGGAGAGGAACCUGAUAGUGUACGUCGGGGCCUACGCCAUGUGGCUCAUUGGCAAGAGACUCAAGAAGAGGCACAACCUGAAGGAGAACGUGCGGCUGUCGCUGUACGACGAGUGCAACCACUGGGCGCGCGCGGUCAAGCGGCAGGGCACGGCGUUCCUGGGCGGGGACCGCCCUGACCUGGGGGACCUGGCCGUGUACGGGGUGCUCAGCAGCAUCGAGGGCUGCGCGGCGUUCCGCGACGCGCUGGCGCACUCCGCCGUCGGGCCGUGGUACGCGCGCAUGAAGGACAGCGUCUCCAGCCACGCCGGCAGCUCCGCCGUCGCCGCGCGAUGACACGGCUCCCGGGGUCGUGCCGUGAGUCCACUGCCGAGCUCAUUCGCUGAUUGUAGGACACGUCUUCUCAUUACAUUUGUAGCCAAAAACAAAUCCAGCUUAACCUGGACUAGAUUCCUCUCACCGGCAGGACAAGUCCAUUUCUAAUUUUAUUAUGUAGUCUUGUUUUACUCCAUUCUUCUUUCUUGUCCCUUCCUUAAUGAAUUUCACUUUGUGGUCUUGGUUCCUGCUCUCUCUCUCUCUCCCCCCCCCCCCCCCCCCCCCCCCUUCAAAGUUUAAUUUUUAAUUGAGAACCCAGUUAACCGAAUCGCCGGUUAAUCGGUUCACGGGGAUAAUCGUGGUUCUACUGUGGUUGAAACAGAAUUUGUUAGUGAAUCAUUUUUUUUUAUUACUAAUACCAAAAUAAAUAGUCUUAAAUGAAAGUAAGCUCAUUGAAACACUGUGCAUCACAAAUUUUUUAGUAAACAUUAUCCUCUCAUUUAUUCAUGGUUAACCAGUAGUCACUUUAUUAUUAUUAUUAUCGUCAUCAUCAUCAUCAUCAUCAUCAUCAUACUUUAAUGAUAUAAGUUUGUUGACACGAGAAUCUGCUAUAUUUUAUAAUUAACAACAACAAAAAAGUACUUGAAAAACAAAUCUUUGAAGGUACUUACCCCCCCCCCCCCCCCCCCGCCCCCUCCCUUACCAUAUUACUGAUACCUUAUGAUUAGGGACAAGAUUAUGCAGUGAAUUGCAAUAAUACCAAAAUAAAACCAAAUAGCAAGUCAAUAGACCAUGUAACACCAAAAUUCAAGUUAAUACACCAUUUAGCACAGAAAUGCUAUUAAAAUCAUAAUGUUGCAACUGCAACUCAGUUUUAUGUUACGACCUCAAUACAUUUUUCAAACACUGAAAUACUUAACAGGUUGUUUUUAUUUGUUCCGGAAAGUUAGACAUGCGUAUUACAAAUCCUUUUGGUUGGAAAAGGUUAUCAUGUAUCGGUAAAAAUGACACUGUUUUGGAGAAAUUAGAAUCAUGGGACAUUUAAUAUUGUAUUUGUACAGCAAUAUGCUAACUUCUUUAAUAAACAGAUUGCAUUAACACCAAAAUCUCCGGUUUUGAAAACUAAAUUGGCCUGAAGAUAAAAACCAUAAAGUCCUGUUUCUAUGUAUGACCAGCUGAGAGCAGAACAUGGAUCGUUAUCCAUUACCAGUGUCUGUUACUGGAACAGCCCUCGUUACCAAGCGAGAUGGUACAUAAUCAACCACGUGUAUGGCAUGGGUUAGCUCAUGGACUGUCACGUUGAUGGUCACAUGUGCGUGUCUGUGUAGGUGAGGCUCAUUAUUUCACGAAGAGGCAAGGGCGUAGUGGCAGCACGCAUGUAGCUCCCCUCCACGCUUGCAGUUCCUCGGACCAUACCUGUCGCACGAUACGGCAUCGGCAGGAUGUCCAAUCCGUGUAGUUCAUACAUCUUGGUACAAAAUUCAUGCUAAAUAAAUUACAUUCAAUAAAUUUAAUGCAAUUCAAAAAAAAAAAUUGUAAUUUGAGUUAAGUUUUGUUAAAAUUUCUGAUUGAUUCCAUGUUUUUAAUUAGUAAAUUUCUGUGCUUUAUUACUUGCAUUUCGGUGUUACAUGUUUUAUUGAAGUGCUUUGCAGUGUUAUUUCAGUUACAUCACUAUUCCCUCUGUAAUAUUGUCCAUGUCAGUUUCAAAAUUAGCUAAUUCAUAACACCAUGAAAUCUUGGCUCUAUUCAUCCAUAUGAAAAUGUGGCCCUUGAAAGAUUUGUAUUCGAUGAACUGAAACCUUUAUUGAGCUGAAGAAAUAAUAAUUUUAUGCCAAUUUAACAUUAAUGCUUUAGUGAGUGGAUAUUGAUUGUGCCGUUAAAUCACACUACAUUGUACCUCCUAGCAAAACCCUACAUUUUUGUACUUAAUAAAGUACUUUAUAUCAACCUAUUAUUUUAAGUAAAAUGGGUUUUAGGUAUUCAUUGAUAAGUAUAUAAAAAUCAUAAUUAGUUUGUAAUAAGAUUCUUAAUUUAUGCAUGGUGUGUUCAGUUCUCUGUAUCUUGUAGCUACGUAUGCCUGUGUUGAUACGGGUUGAAAACUGUUUUUUUCUCUCUAAAUAUUUCAUUAUACUAAAGUUGGCGUGAAUGCAUUCGCACAACCUCACUAGGUUUACUUUCUGUAAAUAGCACGGUUUGAACAUUUGCGAGUUAGAAGACAUCCAUAAUUGUUUUCUUUUGUUAUGCUGUAAUGUUUGUGCGGCUUUUUUGGUUGUGUUUUUAUUUAUAUUUUUGCUUUUCCCGCGAGGAAAUUGUCUUUAUUUAUUGUUCUGUGUACACCAGGCGUCCACAUUCUGGGCAGUCAGGGAGAGUCAGGGUGGUUUGAGGGGAAACGUCAUGCUCCGGUCUGUUGUGUUAGUGCGUGCUCGUGCGCACAGAGACACGGCCUGUGCCGUGCCGUGCCGUGCCGUGCCGUGUGGCUGCCGCGUCUCUGCACCAACUGUCGGCGAAUAGCAGGCGUUGCUCGAGGUGAAACAUUCCCGAGAAGUUCCUGCUGUUUGUAAAUACAUGUUCCCAAGUGAGACAACUUACCAAGUGCACCGAGUUAGAUUCAGUUUUGAAAUAUUUACGGCCAGGAAAUUCUUAGAAGGGUUUUUUCUGUGUAAGGUUUUUGUAGGGACAAGAUUAUGUGGUUGUAUUUUUAGGCUAAUUUAGUUUUUAAAACAGGAGAUUUCAAUGUUAAUUUUUUUUUUGUUAUAUGUUUUAAUUCUGUUGAUUCAUAAAUGUAGCAUAACACUGAACAAAUAUGACACAUGAUUUCAGUUGUUAUAUAUUGCACUUUUAUUGUAUAAUAAUUUUUAACAAGCAUGUUUAACUACUCUGAGCAAUACAAAUAAAUUUUCAGUAUUUGUGUGUUUUAAAAACAUAACAAUGUAAUAACGUAAAAAUGUGUUACCAAUAACAGUUGUAAGAUGAAAGUAAAAGGAAACCAAUUUUUUCACUCUAUUUACUAUUCUAUUGUAACUUACUGUUAAAUAAAUUACAUUAAUUGUAUUUAUUACAUUAAUAGAUUAGGUUUUUGUUAUUUGAGUUAAAUUUGUAUCAAUAAUGCUGAUUAAUUAUAUGAUUUUAGUUGCAUUUUGGUGCUAAAUGGUAUAGUAACUUGCAUUUCUAUUUUAUUUGGUGUCUUGACCCACUUUUCGCUGUUGUUUGUUAUAUCGCAACUCUUCAUGUAAUCUUGUUCCUAGUUAUUUGCAAUCAUAUAUCAUUGUUUUGUACCCUUUUUUUUGUUUAAGUUGUUUGAGGAAUUAUGUGGGAAAUAUUUAUAUUGCAGGUAAUUGUAAGAAUAAUUCAGCAUAUACCAUGUGAGUGUGGACCUGUGUACCAGGGGAGCGGUGAAAUGCAAGAACGUUAUAAAUGUGAGGGUUUAAACUGGGUACUGUAACCUACAUGUACAUAAUGACCGAUCCCAAAGUAUUUUGUGUAAUGUUAAUUAUUGUCAGUAUUUUUGUUGCCAAUGCUAAAAUAAAUUUGCAAAUUAUAUAUUCAA